CCCCCUCCACACAUCUGCAGCCGCGCCUGGGCGAGGUUUUAAUGUAACAUUUGCAUGAAGCAGGAACAAACAAAUAAUAGUUGAGGAAAAUCGCUGCUGCUGCAGGUUUGGGAGUCCAUAAAGAGCCUGGGGAUAAGUUGAGAGAAAACCGGUUUUCUCUGGUCCUCUUUGUGUUUCUGAAUGGUUUUCCUGUCUGAUUAAAGGAGUUCCAGGAGCCUGGCUCCGGAGUCACCAACCCUGCACAGAUGGACCUGAGAUAAUUGAAGUUCUACCUUCAGCUGGUCCUGGAGCCUCCAACAUUCGACCAGAAUGACUGAUCUCACUGGGCUGAGCUCUGGAGGAGAAGGGGCAGGCGUGGCCGAUGUGGACGCCUGCAGUUUGGAAAUCGAGCGACGAUAUGAGGUCAUUCCCACCRUCAUCUGCUCCAUGUGUUGCCUCUUUGGCAUCAUCUACUGCUUCUUUGGUUAUCGAUGUUUCAAGGCGGUCAUGUUCCUGUCUGGUCUGAUGUUUGGCUCGGUCAUCAUCUUCCUGCUGUGCCACAAGGAGCAUGUUUUCGACACGCAGCUGAGCGUGGAAGCCAGCGCGGGCAUCGGCCUCGGCAUCGGCCUCCUGUGCGGCCUCGUCACCAUGCUGGUGCGAAGCGUGGGCCUCUUCAUGACGGGCCUGCUCCUGGGCCUCCUCCUGGCCCUGGCUGGCCUGCUGGUGGCUCACCAGUUCUACACCCCGACCACAGUGUGGGUGCCGCUGGGCGCUCUUCUGGGCGCAGGCAUGCUGUUGGCCGUGCUGACUCUGCAGUGGCAGAAGACGUUCACGGUGCUCUCCACGGCCGUGUUCGGAGCGGCUAUCAUGACUGUGUGUGCCGAUUACUUUGUGGAGAUGCUGGCUUUGGCCUCACACGUGUAUGACUGCUUACGCCUCAAACCUGGGUCGGCRCUCUGCUGGUACAGCUGGGUCAUUCUAGGCAUCUGGCCCGCCCUUAGCCUCAUUGGAGUUCUGGUCCAGUGGAAACUGACGGAUGGCAGCUUCUCACAUACUGAAGUUGUCCUCAGCCGGAGACAGAAGAGGGUCCAGCUGAUGCGGAUUCGUGAGAAGGACGCCAAGAAACGACAGCAGGCAGGUGGGCAGGAAGGCACAUACCGUCGUAAACCCACCCCAGUCAAACGCUACGCCGGGGACCUACUGGCACCGAGCUACCUACAAAGUCUGCGAGACAGGCAGAUGGGAACAGGCACUUCCCUUAGCAGCCUUGGCACCGCCAACCAAACCGUGAUCGACGUGGACUACGACACCAGCUCCACGGUUCCCCUCACAGCCACAACGCCAGUCGUCAGGGUCUGAGCAGCACAGAGACCAGAGGAGGCCCCGCCCAUCACGCCGUCUUCCUAACGUAGAGGAUCUUCUCCAGGAGGAUUAGUUACACGUCUUCCUAACGUAGAGUAGAGAACUCAUCCGCUGCACUGGUCUCUGAGGGUUUUAUUGCUGUGAAGUAGAUUUGAAGCGAGGAUGUCUUUUCUUUUAAAACAAAAUGCUGCUCUCUGCAGGAAAACAGUCGGCGUUAAACUCCUGUUUGACUCUAAAACCACUGCAGCCACUGUUUCCUUAGAGAAAUCCUGUAUAGCUAGCAAAAUGCGCCCAUUCAUUUCCAUUCAUCGUGUAUUAAAUACAUAAUAGUUGUUUGAUGUUACGUGUACUGUACUUCAAGAAUUAGCCAUGAAGGGUUGUACUUUCACUUAUUUCUAGCUGUAUGGGCAUUGGAUUUGAGGAAAGUUUAAAGUGAUUUUUAUUUUAAUGCGUCUGAGUCAUAUAUUGCAUGUGGCUUAAAAGGCCUCAUCAGGUUCUGUUAGAGCACCACUUUAGAGCUGUUUUACCACAUCUGAGUACAAUCAGUGAAGAAUUUAGUGUGAAUGCUUGUGAAGUAAUGUUUUUUUUAUAUAAUUUAUGUAAUAACUUAGUACCUGGUAGUGUUUUUUUUUUUUUAAUCAAGGACAAAAUCAAAGCAUGUUUGUUUUUGCCUUUUCUGUGUCUGAAUAUUUUUCGGUUUUACCAGAACAGCACACCUGUAAAUACCUGUUGAUAGGAUUUUUCAUAAUUGAAAUGAAUGUGUUUAAUAAAAAAAGCAGUUUUAACUUAU